AUGGCAUCAAAACAUGGACCAAGGUCAAAAAAAUUCGGUUCAAGAGCUGCUAAUUCUCCUGCAUCUUCGACUACAUCGUCUUCAAAACAAUAUUUGGAAACAUCUAUUGAAGGUCAGAGCUCUCCUGCAUCUUCUUCAGCUCGAAGUAAGCCACAGUACUUGUACUCAGAAAGUGUACCGCAAGAUGUGGGCAGAUCAAAAGAAAAUGUCACAGUGACGGUCCGCUUUCGUCCACUCAGCCCAAGGGAAAUUCGCCAAGGAGAAGAAAUUGCAUGGUAUGCAGAUGGAGACACUAUUGUGCGGAAUGAGCAUAAUCCAUCAAUAGCUUAUGCAUACGAUAGGGUGUUUGGCCCUACCACCACAACACGCCACGUCUAUGAUGUUGCUGCUCAGCAUGUUAUUAGUGGUGCUAUGGAAGGUGUCAAUGGUACAAUUUUUGCAUAUGGGGUGACCAGCAGCGGAAAGACUCACACUAUGCAUGGUGAUCAGAGGUCGCCUGGAAUUAUACCACUGGCUGUGAAGGAUGCUUUUAGCAUCAUCCAGGAGACUCCAAAUCGAGAGUUUCUUCUUCGUGUGUCAUACUUGGAGAUUUAUAAUGAGGUUGUUAAUGACUUGUUGAAUCCAGCAGGACAGAAUUUACGAAUUAGAGAGGAUGCCCAGGGCACCUUUGUUGAAGGAACAAAGGAAGAAGUUGUACUAUCCCCAGCUCACGCCCUUUCACUUAUAGCAGCUGGAGAAGAGCACAGGCAUGUUGGAUCGACAAAUUUCAAUUUACUCAGUAGCCGGAGCCACACGAUAUUUACACUGACAAUAGAGAGUAGCCCAUGUGGGGAAAAUAGUGAAGGCGAAGCUGUAAGUCUGUCACAAUUGAACCUCAUCGAUCUGGCAGGUUCUGAGAGCUCGAAAGCUGAAACUACUGGUGUCAGGCGAAAAGAAGGAUCCUAUAUAAAUAAAAGUCUGCUAACUCUAGGAACUGUUAUAUCAAAGUUGACAGAUGCGAGGGCUACUCAUAUACCAUACAGGGAUUCUAAAUUAACCAGACUUCUUCAAUCUUCGCUAAGUGGUCAUGGGCGUGUAUCUCUCAUCUGCAAUGUUACUCCUUCAUCAAGCAGUUCAGAAGAGACACAUAAUACGUUGAAAUUUGCACACCGAGCAAAACACAUUGAAAUUCAAGCAGCACAAAACAAGAUUAUUGAUGAGAAGUCACUUAUUAAGAAAUAUCAAAAUGAGAUACGUAGUUUGAAGGAAGAGUUAGAACAGUUGAAGAGGGGUAUCGUUACAAUUCCUCAACUAAAAGAUGCUGGGGAAGAUGAUAUUCUGCUCCUUAAACAAAAGUUAGAAGAUGGUAAAUUCAAACUGCAAUCAAGAUUGGAACAAGAAGAAGAAGCCAAAGCUGCUUUAUUGGGAAGAAUCCAAAGGCUGACAAAGUUGAUUUUGGUCUCGACAAAAGCAACACAAUCAUCAAGGUUUCCGCAUCGACCUGGUCUUAGAAGAAGACAUUCCUUUGGUGAAGAGGAGCUUGCAUACCUACCAUACAAAAGGCGGGACUUGAUUUUAGAUGAUGAAAGUAUUGACUUGUUUGUUCCUCCUCUUGAGGGGAGUACUGAAACUACUGAAGAUACACUGAAGGGGGAGAAGAAGACUCGGAAGCAUGGACUGUUAAACUGGUUAAAGCUACGGAAACGUGAUAGUGGUGCGGGGACCUUGACAAGCACCAGCGAUAGAUCCAGUGGAAUUAAAUCUACUAGUACACCAUCAACACCUCAAGCAGAAAGUGGUAAUUUUCACGCAGAAUCCAGACUUUCACAUUCUCUACUGACAGAGAGUUCUCCAUCUGCUGAUCUUUUGUCCGAGGCUAGAGAGGAUAGAGAAGUUGGUCAGGAAAAGUUCCUGGAACAAGAGACACCUCUGACUACCACGAAAUCGAUUGAUCAGAUUGAUCUUUUAAGGGAGCAGCAAAAAAUCUUGUCUGGUGAGGUAGCACUCCAUUCAAGUGCUCUGAAGCGGUUGUCUGAGGAGGCAGGAAAAAACCCCCACAAGGAUGGAAUUAAUAUGGAGAUGCGAAAGUUAAAAGAUGAAAUAAGGGCGAAGAAUAGACAAAUAGCUUUGCUGGAAAAGAAAAUUGCGGAGUCCUUCAUUGUUUCACCCAACAAACUGGAUCAACUGGAAAUAUCCCAAUCUUUUGCUGAAGUGAUGGCACAAUUGAAUGAGAAGUCCUUCGAACUUGAGGUUAAAGCUGCUGAUAAUCGUAUAAUCCAAGAGCAGCUGGAACAAAAGGUCUGUGAAUGCAAAGGGUUGCAGGAAACAGUUGCCUCAUUGAAGCAGCAGCUCUCUGAGGCACUAGAGUCUAGAAAUUUGAGCCCAAUAGUCAGUUCUCAAACUGAUUCAAAAAAAUUGCAUGAUGAACUUUGCACAGAGAAAGAACAUGCAGUGGUGAAUGACACAAAUGAAAUUUUCCUUCUACAGAAGCAGGUUGAAGAACUGCAGCAGAAGGUGGCUGAACUGACCAAGUCAAAAGAAAAUUUAGAAGUUCGGAACCAGAAACUGGUGGAGGAGAGUUCGUAUGCCAAAGGUCUAGCCUCAGCUGCUGCUGUUGAGCUCAAGGCAUUAUCAGAAGAAGUUGCCAAACUCAUGAACCAUAACGAGAAACUAACUGCUGAGCUGGCAGCAUCGAAGAACUCUCCCAGCCAGCGUCGAAGUAGUAGCACAGGCCGAAAUGGUCGGAGAGAGAGUCACGCCAAACAGGACCAAGGUGCGUUUGUCUCAGAAAUGAAGAGAGAACUGGCAGUGAGUAAGGAGAGAGAGCAUUCAUACGAGGCUGCUCUUAUGGAGAAGGAUAAAAGAGAGGCUGAGCUUCAAAGAAGGGUUGAGGAAUCCAAACAAAGAGAAGCCUACUUAGAAAAUGAACUUGCCAACAUGUGGGUUCUUGUGGCCAAGUUAAAAAAAUCCCAAGGAACUGAAACUGAUUCUUCGGAAUCAACAAAAGAGACUCGACGACCUGAUGGUUUUGGAGGAUGGUGA